UAUAAUUUAAAUUCAAUUUUGUAUUUUUUUUUUCAUAUAAUUUGAAACCCAAAUCCAUCUUAUUUAGGCUUCAACGGGCGGGAAUGCAGCUAACGCUAGUAGCGACAUCGUUCAUCCGCUUACCAGACGAAACAACAUAUUACAGUGGACGCGAUCGGGAAGAGCGAGUCGACGCAUCAUCUCCUCUGCUUCUCCGACAUAUGACCCAGAGAAACCUUAGACCACAGAUCUCCGGAGCAGAGCUGUGAUGGCGGGAUUCCUUUCCAAGCUGAGACGGAUCCACCACUCGGUCUACACUGGACCCUCUUGCUCGGAUGAGGUUUGGGGAGAACCUGGUGUCAGCGACCAUUACCAUAGCUUGGAUCAAGAUUAUGUGUUACUUGGGCGUUUUUAUGAGAUCAUUAGGUGUUCUUUCUUCUGUAAGCAAGAGGCACUUGGCUUUGCACCUUUCGGUUAUUAUGGUUUAGGUACAGCACCUUUCAGUUACUGUGCCCUAUUGGCAUCACAAGUGAGGUUGCCGAAUGCAUUGCCUCACAUCAAGGUAUUGCCAUUUGACUAGCUUCAGUAACACAAGGUUUCCACUCUUAUUUUUGCUGAAGAAUUGCUGCAUUACUUCUGCUUGCCUUGCGUAAUUCUGAAACUCCCUUCUUUUUCCCCCCAGAAUAUAGUACAUUCCCGUGCCAUAUUUAAAAGUUUGGCAUAAUUUUAGACUGAAAUUUUGGCUAGUAACAGACAGGAAAGAAGUACUGCUUGGUGUUCAUCUGAUAGGAUUCUUGCUGCUUCCAGUUGUGUGCUAUCCAAGGGAAGUAAAGCUGAUUGGAAGAUAAGGAUUUGUCGGUUCACUGGCUCAAUCUCAUCACUGAGGACUGAGACAAAGUUGGUGGUGGCCAAGCAUUUCUGUGGGCACUCUGUGUGUGGAGCUCCCACCCCCAUGCUCCGCACCUUCCUGGUAAUAGAGAUGCGAGGUCAUGGUCAUCAUACGUCUGGACUCUUGCAAGCCACAUACAAAAGCAAGAUAGUUAUGUGGGGGAGCUCCACAUUCACAGUCGAAACUAAUCAUGCACGGGCCCAGAAAAGUAUCUGCAGAGACGUAUUUGAUUCUUCCUCUUCUGUUUGGUUUGCGACCUGCUCUGCUCAUCAGGAUCAGUAGAUAACUGUACAUGGGUGUCAGACGGCAUAUGCACUCGGAAUAUUCAUCUUCAUUAGCAUAUAGAUAUGAAUGCCCAGGACAUGAAACACAGACGCUGCAUGUAAAUAAUGGAAGAAGUCUGCAUCCAAAUGUGCAACAACAGAGGGCAAAAAGGCAAGUGGUCCAGCAAGAAGCUUGUCAAGACUUCAAGUUCAACUUGUCUUUCCCUUCUGUAUGCUUCAGCUGGUGGUAUCUCAACUUUAUGUUCUCCAAACCAACUCGAUUUUGUUGGAUUAAAAGUAAGCUGAUGUGUGCCCUUACAACUAUUGCUUGCACUAGUUAUCAAACUGCUUGUUGCAUCCAAAAAUAUUCUUUGGUAGGUACAGAAGCACAACUUUGAGACACCAAAGGUUGCUUACUGCAUGCAGCUUAUCUACUUGGCAGUUUUCAGCUUAUAUAAGCAGCUGGAGAAGUUGGAAUAACACUACAGGCAUCUUAAUAUUCUACUCUUGUCUUAGACUGAGAGGACUGGUUCUCUAUUCUAU